CAGUAGAUAAUGUCUCGAGCAAUUCACUAACGGCACUCAAUGCCAGCGCCCCUUCUCCUGAUUCUGCAGUGCUUCCGUUAUCCGGUGACGGCAUCACGGGAACUAUUGGUGGGGAAGGUGGUGCUGGAACAAGAGAACCUGGAAGUGGACAACUGCCUAUACCUCCCAAUCGCAAUCCUAUAGCCUCAAGCGGCGUUGGUUCUUCAACGUUACAAAGUCAAAUCUCAGAUAAAGACUCGUCUGCUGGUUCAGGCCCAUGCACUCCGCCAAGACCAAUCUUAGCCGUAGAAUCAGAGAAUCGGUACAUUAAGAUCCUGUCCCAAGUGAACCAAACGAUUGAAGCGAAUAUGGCAACUGCCAAGUUCAAUCAAAAUCGACCUAAUCCAAACUUCUUACGUACCGCUACCGGUGGAGGGGGAGGUGCUAGUGGAGGUCAAUUUUCUCCAGGAACAAGCGGUGGUCAUGCUGGCAGUGGGUCUAGUCCGUCACUGAGCGCUGGCCAACAAGAUAUUUUGCCACCAAAUGCGAACAUGUCUGGAACAACGUCGCCCGGCGCGCCAGUGAUGUUCACAAUUCGUGGGAACAAUUCAGACCUACAAGGUAGUGGUGAUCCAUUAACAUCGUCGAAUUAUAUUAGUGGCCCAUCUGGUGCUCCUGCUGAUCCAAUGUCAUCGUCCCCACAAGCCGUAGCAACUACAGUGGCGCCACUUAAACCAGCUGCGAAGGCGAAAUUGAAUCCAGUUUUGUUCUCAGAUAGUCCGGUUCCCGGUUCUAUGGUCCACGUGCGGUCGCGCCUUGUCCGGUCCAUGCCAAUCGCGAAGGACGAUGAAAAAGAAAAGUUCUACGUGCAGUCCGAAAAACAGCCGAAGAACCUACCUGUGCCACCAGGUCAGCGGUGGCGCGAUCACAACUGGCUCUACGAGGCUCCUUCAGAUGCCCACCACAUGGCGAAGUGGGGUGAACAGCCAGGGGAAAAUAUUAUAGUAGAUGGCACUGCUACAACUGGUGGAGGUGCAGGAGCCUCCUCGUCGGACCAACAAAUGGCAGUUUUACUAGCUUCACGAAGAAAUAUCGAUGCAGGACUUACUUUCCAAGAUAUACCGAAAGACUUGAAUCCAAGGAGUCCUGCGGCAAGGAGUUCCACGCGCGUCAAAGGCAAGGACAUUGUGGUGCGUCGUGAUGGCAUCGAUUCGGAACCGUUUUCUGUGGAGGAAAAGCAAGACAUCGAAGCUGGUGAAUGGCCCUUCUGGACAGGGAUGCGAGAGUACAUGUCGUUCCUAGACAAAGCAGAUCAGCCGCGCGAGACUUUUUCACCAGCUGUAGAGCGCGGGCGGGCAGAAGGCUCCUUUGUCGUUCCAACGUUGGAGGAAGAUGAAGAUGCGAAUGAUGUCGACGUAAAGGGGGAUAAGAUGGUCUUGAAUGGAGCUGCAUUUGGUGGUG